UGACAGCAAACUUGAUCGAUAGGUUUCUAGUCUUCAAGCCACUUCAACUUUAAACUUGUUUGCUUCGCUUAAACGUUGCGAUGAUAUCAUAGUGAUAGGCCAUACAACAGGCUACGUAGUCGAUAGACGCUGAAAGGUUUGGAACAGAACGACGAGGAUGCCAUCAUGUUCGUAAUGGGACCUGCGUACUGAUGAUUAUGAUGGCUCAGCCUGUGUUAUUCAGUAGAUGAUUCGAGUGUACGGCAAUUGUUGGAUGGAAACUUACUAAAGUAUUGGAACUUCCUUGUACCAUUAAUCUCUAAUUUUGAGAUACUAUCGGCUAUCCGUUCACAAGUGAAGGGACAACAGAAAUUUGAGUUUUGGAACUGGACACUAUGGAAGCUGUAUCUCUACCAUCCCGUGUCGUAGCCAUUGCGCCAAAUCAUCUGGCUCGCUUGUUGGAGGACGCCAAGUAUUCUGACAGUAUUAUCAUCGUGGACGGGCGCAAUCUUUUGGAUCACAAAAUAGCCCAUAUCAGAAAUGCGCAUCAUCUACCAAAUGCCUUAUUAAUGCGUCGGCGACUGGAACAGAAUAAGAUUCCGAUAUGUGAAUAUUUGCGGCUACCAGAUGGGCUUGAGUCACGCAUUGACCAGGUCAUCGUGUAUGAUGCGGCGAGUGCGGAUGUGGAAGAGUUGAUGCGGGAUAAUUUCCUCGCUCACGUCGUGCAAAAGCUCGAUAAAGUAUUCCGUGCUGUGUCAGUGCUGCGAGGUGGCUAUACCAGUUUCAGUUCUCUGCAUCCCAGCCUCUGUAGAAAAGAGAUGCCCGAGCCCGUCCCAUCGAUCUCUCAGCCCUCAAUGGCGCUUUUAUCUGAGGAUGGACCGACAAAGAUAUUUCCAUAUUUAUUCCUAGGAUCUGAACGAGAUGCAUUAUCUCGCGAUGUUAUAACAUCCAAAGAAAUCACCUAUGUCCUGAAUGUGAGUAUGACUUGCGGGAAAGCCGAUUUUAUCAAGGAAUCCAAUUUUAUGAGGAUACCGGUAAACGACACCUUCUCCGAGAAACUCCUAGGUUACUUCGUCCAAGCAUUCGAAUUUCUAGAUAGAGUGAAGAAUUCCAAUGGGCGAGUGUUAGUCCACUGCAUGGCAGGUGUUUCCCGAUCUCCGACAUUAGCCAUCGCAUAUGUUAUGUACUCACAGAAGAUGACAUAUGACGAAGCAUACAGGUAUGUUAAAGAAAAGCGCCCCUCGAUCUCACCCAACUUUAAUUUCCUUGGUCAGUUGCUGGAGUUUGACCGAACUCUGAAGAAGCAGCAUCCCGGCUCUGACCUUAGCAGCUCAUUGAAAAAAGAACUUCUUCAUGACUCCUCUAAGAAGCAUUCGGCGGUGGGCAAUGGCAUAUCGGAUCAAUCCUGUAAACGUCAGCGGUUGUUAGGUUCCGCUGCUACACAGACUCCUCGGUUAAAUAUAGAUUUAGCAGCAGGAAACAGGUUCAAAUGUUGUGACGACCAGCGUGAUCUCUCUCCGUCCUCCGCCUUAGCACGAAUUAGCCUUAACACAUCGACCAAAACGGAAGCAUAACCUGCAGCUCGCUGUCAGUUUGGCCAGUCGCACUUUUCUGUCUGUCAGUUCUUGGUUUCGUCGAUUUGUUUUUAGUUUUAUUGGUUGUUUCGUCCUGGUCAGGAGUGCGAGGUUGUUAUUUUUCUCAAAACGGUUUUAUUUUUGUUUCCCUCUGUCUGCCAAAGCUGCAACCUUCGCAGAGUAUUCGUGGACCAAUUUGGUUGGCUGCCGUUGCGCUGCAAAUUUCCUCUUGUUGCUAUUGUUUUUGCGAAGGGCAUGAACACAGUACUUAAUAAAACUUUGCUUAAAAACAGGACAACAUCAAACACCGGAAUGACAAAGGUCACACUACAAGAAUAAUACAAGACUGUCUUUGG